AUGAAGAAGAGGAUUAACCUGGAGUUAAGGAACAAAGCCCCGGAGGAGGUGACAGAGUUAGUCCUUGAUAAUUGCAGAUGUGUCAAUGGAGAAAUUGAGGGCCUAAAUGAUACUUUUAAAAAAUUAGAGUCUUUAAGUAUGGCUGAUGUGGAAUUAAGUUCACUGGCUCGACUUCUCAGCUUAAGUAAACUUCGAAAGUUAGAACUUAGUAACAAUAGCAUUUCUGGAGGCUUGGAAGUCCUGGCAGAGAAAUGUCCAAAUCUUACCUACCUCAAUCUGAGUGGAAAUAGAAUUAAAGAUCUCAGUACAGUAGAAGCUCUGCAAAAUCUUAAAAAUUUGAAAAGUCUUGACUUGUUUAAUUGUGAGAUCACAAACUUGGAAGAUUAUAGAGAAAGUAUUUUUGAACUGCUGCAGCAAAUUACAUACUUAGAUGGAUUUGAUCAGGAGGAUAACGAAGCACCUGAAACAUCUGAAGAGGAUGAUGACGAAGAUGGAGAUGAAGAUGAUGAGGAUGAAGAAGAAGAUGAAGCUGGGCCACCUGAAGGAUAUGAAGAAGAGGAAGAUGAGGAUGAAGAUGACGAUGAUGAGGAAGCAGGCUCAGAACUGGGAGAGGGAGAGGAGGAAGUAGGCCUCUCAUACUUAAUGAAAGAAGAGAUCCAGGAUGAAGAAGAUGAUGAUGACUAUGUUGAAGAAGGGGAAGAAGAAGAAGAAGAAGAAGAAGGUCGUCUUCGAGGGGAGAAGAGGAAACGAGAUUCUGAAGAUGAAGGAGAAGAAGAUGAUGACUAG